CUUCAUCUGGGUGGCUGACGCUGAUCCGGGGACUUUUCCAGCCUAGAGCUCCUCCUACCUGUGACCCGAGAUCCCAGCCCACCCUCUGCCAUGAAAAUCCUUCCUUUUCUCCUUGUUCUUUUCUUGGUGGCAUUUCACGGAGCUGCAGGUAGAAGCUUGGCAAGACCCAGGAGACCUUACAUGGAGUGUGGGUAUCGUGGGACCUUCUGCCACAGGGGGAAAUGCCCUCGUGGCAACGAUUACCUGGGGUUGUGUCGUUCUGGGUACAGUUGCUGUAGGUGGUAA